AUGUCAUUGCCUUCGGAAUCUCAGGCCUCAACCCAUGAAGCGCGAUCCACGACUGUCCACCGCUCAUUAUCAGAGAGUCGCCAUGACUACACGCAUGCGGCGAGACGAGGAAGCAGUGGGGGCGAGGAUCAUACGACGUGGACACAGUUCCUGCGAGAAGAUCAAGACCGGUUGAUGGAUAGCGGUAGUCCUGAUAGAGAUGACAACUCGUCGACUUCGCCGAACAGAAAACGAAGACUAAGAAGCGGUAGUAGUAGAAGCGGCGGUGGCGGCGGCGGAGGUAGCAACACUGGUAUAGAAAUACCAGGAGCUAGAUAUACCCAACCCGCUUCUAUCAGGCAGCACUCUCGACCCGGUGCGUCUGCAUCUCGACUAUCAGGAAGUCCCAGCUUUGUCCGACCCGACGAAGAGUCGACCGAGACUCAGUCUGCUUCCUCCCCGCCUUCCUCAUCGAUGUCCCGCCAGCUAAACUCUCUACGGCACCGUGAAAGAAGCUUUACUGACCAUCGGCUCCCACGAUGGCAGCCGGACUCUGAAGUUACUGAAUGUCCAAUAUGCGGCAUUACAUUUACGUUUUGGUUUCGAAAACACCACUGUAGGAAGUGCGGCAGGGUCGUUUGCGCAGCUUGUUCGCCUCAUAGAAUUACCAUACCACAGCAGUUUAUCGUCCGUCCUCCCGAAGCCCAGACACAGCUAACACUAUCGAGCAUUAUCCAGCGCAAUACAACGGACCGUGAAGGUGUUGACCUUGUUGACGAUGAAGAAGUACAGCCGCAGCUUUCACCAUCACAAUCCCGAAGCCACCAUCGCGCAACUUCGAUCCAUCAAAUUCCUAGAAAUGCUCUAGGCGGAGGGACCGAGGUUCGUCUAUGCAAUCCAUGCGUACCUGAUCCCAACCCCGAGCCCCCUCGCCGAUAUAGGGCGAGCAGCAGUACCUCUCAUCAUGAACAUAGAACGAGAAAUACCAGUCUUGGAUGGGAUGACCACCACCCUCAUUCACAGGGAGAUCCGCACUCCCUACCAUCAGAAUAUCAAAGCCCAGGGAUCUGGAGCAUAAGUGCUGAAAGGCACCGUCGCCAUAUACCUUCUGUACCUUCUCGGAUGGAGGGAAGAAGGCAACGGAACCAGGAAUUUGAAUCUAGUGUUCACAGCUACAGACGAGAUCCUCAAAGAAAUCUUCGCGCAAACCCAACAGACGCCAUUCUCCCCUCAUAUGGAGGUUUUGGUUAUGAAGUCUCAUCCAGUCUACGGGGGUUGGCUCCCCGGUAUCUACCAGGUAGAGAGACAGAACCUCAAUCCCAGGGUUCUCCGCCUCUUUACUCCCAUGAUGGAUUCACUGUAAGUAGUAGACAUUAUAUAUAUACCCUACAACUCCGAGUGUUAACCUGA